GCGUGGCCCCGCCACAAACCAGACGCGCCCUCAAAUAAAAGUAUAGAAGAGUUUUAGCUCACAAGGAAGAGACAUUAAUUAAUAUAAAAAAAUGGAAAAAGAAACCUUCCUUAAGAAGCAACUCUCAUUCGUGCAAGGAAAAAGAAAACAAGCUGAGAGAGAGAGAGAGAGGGAGAAAGAGAGAGAGAUUUUCUCAUAUCAGAUGGCACCAUCAGAGCUAUAAGCCUUCCUUCUGUUCCAAAACUGUCAGCUGCUCCGUAAAUUUAUUCUUUCAUUUCGUAAUUCAGUAGCUAUUUCAUGGGUUCUUCGAGCGAACAAUUAAAUGAACCUCAGAGAAGAAAACCUCUUGGUGUUCGUUUUUUGGGAAACAUCAAGGGAGCUCCCUUGUCCUUCCGAACAUGCCAAACCAUUGUCCUGGUGCUAACAUUCUUCGCGUACGCUAGCUAUCAUGCCACCCGGAAAACGACCAGCAUCGUCAAAAGUGUUCUUGAUCCUGAAACAGCGAAAUUAGGCUUCGCCCACUGGCCGAGCUCGUACUAUCUACGCACAUUACAUAGAACUGAAGAUAAAAGACUGGGAUCUGCGAAUGGUUGGGCUCCAUUCAGCACGGCGGACGGCACCGCCUUGCUCGGGGACAUUGACGUAGCCUUCCUCUCGAUUUAUGCAUUGGGGAUGUAUUUCGCAGGCCAUUUAGGGGAUCGACUGGAUUUAAGGAUCCUUUUGACUACUGGAAUGGUCGGAACCGGUCUCUUCACGGCCCUAUUUGGAGCCGGUUAUUGGCUAAACAUACACAAUUUCUUCUACUUCUUAGUGGUUCAGAUGAUAGCCGGCCUCUUGCAAUCGACCGGGUGGCCUUCAGUUGUUGCGGUGGUCGGAAACUGGUUCGGGAAAAGCAAGAGGGGGUUAAUAAUGGGGAUUUGGAAUGCGCAUACGUCUAUCGGGAACAUAUCGGGCUCACUGAUUGCCGCUGCUUUAUUGAAGUAUGGAUGGGGAUGGUCCUUUGUAGUUCCUGGGGUUAUUAUCGCUGUUAUUGGUUUGAUAGUGUUUCUAUUCUUGCCUGUUAGUCCUGAGGUUGGAGUUGACGAAGAUGAGGUUUUGAAGUACAAUGAGAAGAAUGAGGUUGCGGAGCCUCUAUUAGGAGGAUACAGAGAAGAGGUGAAAGAAAAGGCAGUAGGGUUCGUGGAGGCGUGGAGGAUUCCGGGGGUGGCGCCAUUUGCGCUCUGUCUCUUUUUCUCAAAGCUGGUCGCCUAUACGUUCCUCUAUUGGCUUCCGUUCUACAUCAGCCACACAGAGAUCGACGGAAAAUAUUUGUCCAAUACAACGGCCGGAACCCUCUCAACUCUAUUUGAUGUGGGAGGUGUGGUUGGCGGCAUCCUCGCUGGCCACAUUUCUGACCGGCUCGAUGCCCGCGCCAUGACAGCCGCAGGAUUCAUGUAUUGUGCCAUUCCGGCCCUCUUCUUCUACCGCAUAUACGGGGGCAUCUCCCUUUACUGGAACAUUGCUCUCAUGUUUAUUGCGGGAGUGUUUGUGAACGGGCCCUAUUCAUUAAUAACAACGGCGGUCUCCGCAGACCUGGGGACACACAGCUCCCUGAACGGGAAUUCCCGUGCUUUGGCCACCGUUACGGCAAUCAUAGAUGGGACGGGGUCGGUGGGAGCGGCAGUCGGGCCCCUGCUGACAGGGUACAUUUCAGCCAGUAGUUGGAGUGCAGUGUUCACAAUGCUGAUGGGCGCAGCGCUUGUUGCUGGGCUACUUCUGACGAGGCUUGUGGUGGCAGAGGUCUCUGCGAAGAUCGAGGCGAAGAGUUUGUCCUACGUGGCGGCAAGCGAUCUCCCCGUUUCCUCUAUGGUCGAGCCUUAAGCUGAAGUGUUUUGAGCACUGAAUGUAAAUUAUCAAGCUUUCCUUUUUGGCCUAUAAAAAGUCCUCGAGACCAAACGCAUGAAGGAUUAUUGCAGCAAAUGGUUGUUUCACGUAGUGUCGUUCGAGGUCAAGCUAGUGCAAGAGGAGAGCAUAUUCCUAUACUAUUAACCUGGGGAGUGGCUUUUUAUGCCCAUGCCCAUGUAGUGGGAGAUGGAUGAGUUUGUAACAUAUUCCAUUUAUGCCAGUAAGAACAGUUUGGGUGCAUUUAGCCUUCUUAUUGAUUGAAAUUUAUGAGCUGAAGAUCUUUGUUGCUGGUUCGGGGCUGGGUCAGUGUUACUGUGUUAGUGCAGAUGCAACCCGACAAGUUCACGGGUCUAGAUCGGCAAUCGGUUCUAAAUUUGUGACUCAGACGCGACCUAUAAGUUCUAUUUUGUGACCAAACAGCAGAACAGGUAUGAAACUGGUUAUUCUUA